AUGGGACUGAGCGAAGAUGAAGAGAUAGAGCCUGAGAACGACGUUCUGCCGGAUCUCCACGAGUCCAAAAACAUGCAUACGUUCGCGAAUCCGAAUCCAGCUUUCGUUCCAGGCACUCCAAAAGACCCCAAUGCCGAGUACACGAAAACCUUGGUGAUUGGGCGCAAGAAGGAGGAGAACACACUUUGGGUGGAUACGGAAUUGGAGGACAUGCUAGCUCCUAACGGAACCUUGCGGACUGCCAUCUAUGUUGUAGACGACAAGACUGCAGAACUACAUCCUCCAAAGAACAAGGGGCAUGAGGCUAUGGUGUACCUCUCGUACAUCAUUGACAAUUACAACGAUCUCUCCGAUGUCAGCAUCUUCAUGCAUGCACAUCGCUACGCCUGGCACAACAACGAUAUCAUGGAUCUUGACUCUGCGCAAAUGGUCAGAAAUCUCAAUCCCAAUCAUGUCAUCCGACAUGGCUAUGUCAAUCUCCGCUGUCAUUGGUCCCCUGGAUGUCCUGCGGAAAUCAGUGGCAUUCAUCCUGGAGCGCUGGUCGCCAAUGCCCAAAGGCAGGAAGAAAUGAUUAUCGCAGAAGCUUGGAGCGAGAUCUUCCCUCUAGAUCCCAUCCCACCCACAUUAUCGCAGCCCUGUUGUGCACAAUUUGCGAUCAGCAGGGAACGUAUACAGGCUGUUCCUCUGUCCAAAUAUAUUUACUACAGAGACUGGCUUUUGAAGACACCACUCUCUGACAGCCUAUCAGGCAGAGUGUUCGAGCAGAUAUGGAUCUUCAUCUUCGGUGGUGUUGCAGUGGACUGUCCAGCGAUGAACAUCUGUUACUGUGAUGGUUAUGGCUAUUGUUUUGGCGGUCCAGACAAGUAUGACGAAUUCUUUGAUCUACGCUAUAUCCUUAGGGAUCACGAAAACGAGGCGCACGAGAUCCGCAAGAACGAGGCCUUGAUCACAGAAGCCAAGUCUGAAGGCCGGACACCAGAAGAGACGGACAAUCUGGUUAUUCCGGAGCCUGGACGCAAAGAAUGGAUUCAUGACGAGAUUGAAAGACUGCGCUGGGAGCUCGGAGGAUUGAGAGCUGAGGCCUGGGAGAGAGGACGGGAUCCUCGAAACCGAGCUCUCGAGGCGGGUCGAGAAUGGAAGGAAGGAGAUGGUUUCUAG